AUGAUAGGAUAAUUCAAUUAGUUGUGGAAGAUGUUCAUUCGACCCUAAAGAAUGGAGUAUUCCACUUCAGAUUUAGGACAUGAAACACAAGUAUUUGGAAGAUAUAGAUCGAAAAGAACUGAUCAAGUUAUUUUAAACAAGCGCAAUUUAAAAUUAUAGUGCUCAUUAUUUGAACCGAUACUAAUUGGAUAACAGUAAGGCAAUGAAGAAAAUAAGUUCCAUUGUGUUAUUUAUUGCCACUGCAAUAGUGGUUCUAGAAUAGAAGCCCUAAGAUUAUUGCCUAAUUUAAUUUCAAGAGGAAUAGGUCUCUUUUGCUUUGACUUCUCUGGUAGCGGUCUCUCUGAAGGUGAAUAUGUGACAUUAGGAAUCAAUGAGAGUUAAGAUUUAGAAUGUAUUGUCCAAAAUCUCUUAGAUUCAGGCAAAAUAAACAACAUAGUACUUUGGGGUAGAAGCAUGGGUGCUGUUACAAGCAUGAUGUAUUUGUCAAAGAGACAGACUUAGAGAGUGAAGGGAAUUGUUUUUGAUAGUGGUUUCGCUAAUUUGAAUUUUCUUGCUUUGGAUGUCGCCAGAUAGAAAACGGGAAUGCCAAAUUUAGUUUUAGAUAUUGCGAUAUCAUAGGUAAGAGAUUAAGUGAAAGAGCGUGUUCCUAUUGACAUUUAGGAAAUAGAUUUAACAAAAGUUAUUACUAAUAUAUACAUACCAUGCUAUUUUAUUUGCUCAAAAGAAGAUACUUUUGUGAAGUGUGAGCACUCAGAACAGCUUUAUGCUCGUUAUAAUGGCCAAAAAUGGCUAGAAUAUGUCAGUGGUAAUCAUAACGCUCAAAGAACUAAUGAUAUUAUUGAUAAAAUAAUUAGAUGGGUUGAUGAAUCAAUUUUAAAUAAAGACUAAUCAAGCUCAUCAUAUAAUGCUAUGCUAAAAAAUUGUAAUACAACUAUGACUACUAACAUAGAUUUGACUUAAGAAAAUGUGUCUUAAAAUCGCAAGUAAUCAGGUGCUGCUUAACCUAUAAAAAUUAUUAAUAGCAGCAGCAAUUCUAAUAUUCAAAAAAUAGUAAUGACACAAUCACCAAAUCCUCGAAAUUCUUAUAACGAUAGAUCUGUUAGUCCUAUUAAAACAUAAGUUGAUAAUAUUCCUGUAAGAAAUAGUAUUUAGUAAUCUUUAGAUGUAAAUAGAAUUGGAUAAGCUUUUCAAAUCAAUUAGUAACAGCAAUAAUAGCUCCCUUAAAGAGGAGUUUAAUAAAUAAUUGGUAUGUAAUAGGAUUAACAAUAAAUUAAAAUGUUAGCCGAUUUUAAUAAUUAAGCCCCAUAGCAACAAGCUAAAAUUGAAAAAGAGAGAUAAUCUUAAUUACCUGAAAGUAAUUCUUCUCAAUCACGCAUCCCAACUGAAGAAACUUCAUCAAGAAAUGAAAAUAACGAAAGCACAAACGGUUUUGCUAAUAUUCAAAAUGCUAAUAAUAAAUAAAAUAUACAAAACUAGCACGCUUACAGCUUUUUGAGUAAUAUUAAUGAAGAUGUUUAGUCUAAUGAUAGAAUUUCAUCUACACCCAUAAGGAACAAAGAAUUUGAAGAAAGUCCUAGAUAAAAGAUGCAUAAUCGCAGACAGGAUUCUUAACAAUUUACUUAGUAAAGUGUCCAACAAACUUUGUUGUCUAAUUAUGGUUCUAAUAACCCACAUCACUCUCAUCAUCAUUAGCACCAUAUUUCUUAAAAUUUCAAUGCUUCUAAUGCUAUUGGAAGCGGAUAACUUGAAAUAGAAUAUCAGAGUGGCGACAUACCACCUCGCAGAAGCGCAAAUUAAAACUUUAACAGCUUUUAGGUACCUUACAAUACAUCCUAAGAUUUUACUGAUUAGCCAUUUCCCUAGUAAAAGAGAUAGAGUGUUCAGAAUAUUUUGCCUAUUUAAGUAUAAAAGUUUGAAAACAAGCAAUCAAAAGACGGAAGUCUAGUUGGAACACCUCAGUUCAAACCAGAUUAAAAAUCCUCAUUUGCUCCUACCAAUCAGAUUGAUUUAGCUUCAUAUAAAAAUAAUGAGCAAAGCCCAAAUAUACCAAAUGAUGGGAAGUCAGACGAAGUAAGCAGCUAUGGCUCGACUUAAUCAUCUAAUGGAAAUAAAUUUAAUUACAAGGUUCGUUAGCCAAGUUAAUUUUCUGCACUUUAAAUUUAGCAAACUAACUAGCAAAGCACAAGAAGUAGUAACAACGAAACAACUGAAUAAAAUAAUAAACUACAGACUUAAAUGAAUACCACUCCUCCAAGAAAAACAGAGAAAUCUUCUGUCGUUUAAAGUUCUUUACAAGGCUUGUAGCAUCAGCAACCAUAAAAGUUUACUGUGACCUCUCAAGGAUAGCAAAUUUCAUAUUAAUUAAUUCAUCCAUCAAAGAACAUGAGUACAUAAAAUUUACAUGAAUAACCCCAUUAAAUAAAUCCAAUAACGAUUUAAGGGUUAAAUAAUUAAACAAUUUAGAAUACCAAAGAAGACUAAGAAAAAUCUGGUAAGAAUGCCUCUAAUUCAAAUACGCCUUCCCAAAGAUAAGUUAGAUCAUCAACUUGCAAUGGCGCUAUUCUCUCAAAUAAAUAAGAGCAACAGCCUUCAUCAAAUUCGAAGAAUGCAAGUCAAAAUUUAAUUCCAAACUAACUUCAUAAUUACAAUCCUCAAUCCAAGAAUGCACAUAUUCCCACAAGAGAACGUUAAUUAAACAAUUUUACUUAGCAAAUUACUGAUUUCAGCUCUUCAAAUACCAAUCCUAAUAACCCUCCUCUUGUUACAUUAAAUUUAAAAACAGUAGGAAAUGAACCCCUCACUCCUAAAUAGUAAAAAACCUAAUAGAAUUUGAACCAGUAACAAGGUGCUCAAUAUUAAUAAAUGAGUUCAAAUUAAAAUUUUUUAAAUUUAUAAAUGCCAUUUUUCUCAUCCUAUACAGGUCCUAUAAAUACAUAACCACAAGUUUCUUAAGGUUAACUUCCACCUUAACAAUAAUCAAUUCAAAAGAAUGUGAAUAUCUAAGUUCCACAAUAAAUAAGCUAAUAACUUUAAGCUAAUAUUACAAAUAGUCCUUCUCACUAACAAAAUCAAUAAUAAUAAAUACACUUCCGUUCUAGGGGAUUGAACGGUAGCAUUGAUGCUACUAAUAUACAAAGUUAAGCAAUACAGAUGAAUAGUUUAAAUAAUAAUUUAUUAGUUCCUCACUAAUAAAAACCAGUAAAUGCCAUGAAACCUCCUUUGAGCCCUGAAAAAACGAGAGGUGAACAACUUUAACAAUAGCAACUGAUUUAAUAAUAGUAACAAUAACAAAUCCAACAACAAUAGCAGUAAAUAUUUUAACAACAGUAAUAAGUACCAUAGUAAUAGCAAUUUGUUCUAUAGCAAUAGCAGUAAUAAUAAUAAUAAAUGCAAUAAUAGUAAUAGCAACAACCAUAGAUCAUUUAACAAAAUCAACAACAAUAAUAAUAAAAACAAGAAUAGAUCUUAUAACAGUAGUAAUAGCAACAAAACUAAAGCAUUUCUGUGAAAUCAAUAGUCCAACAAACUAGCAGCAACAAUGUGGUACCUAAAGCAGGCAUAAACCUAAAUUAAUUUAAUAGCUUGCCUUAAAAUGUCAAUUAAAUUAUGAAUUAGCAAUCAACUCCUAACAAUACACAAAUAGAAAAGAAAUAAGGAUUGACUCAUAUACCAGUCGCAAAUAUUUCUAUCUCUGCAAAUUAAAAUAAUACAUAGAGAAUUACUAGUAAUAUCUAAAUGAACAACAAUAUUAGCAACAAUAAUAACAAUAGCAAUACUACCGCCACACAAUAUAGCAACAAUACGUCAAAUGAAAACACUAGCAGAAAAUCUACUGAAGCUUCUAAUUACUCAUCUUCUAAUGCAAGUGAAAUCAACUACAUUAAAUACAAUUCUCCUAAUCAAAUGAACAAUCUAAACUAAAUUAACAACUAUUAAUAGUACAAUAUAGAUUCAUAUAACAGCAAUUAAGGGAAUAAUACAAACAGAAAAUACAGUGAAAACAAUGCCCAAAAUUAUAAACUGAUUAUAAAUACCAAUUAACCCCAGUAUUCAGAUUAGCAAAUUUAAUCUCCUCAAUUCCCAUCUCAGAAUUAAACAUCAAAUAAUGCAAAUCUUCAACUGUCUUCAUAAGAUGAAAACAGAGGAUCGUCUUCCAAUUUACAGUAAUAGCAAAUAAACAUUUAGCCAUCUUCUACUAAAAAUACAACCUUUUCAAUGCCUAAUAAAAUGUUUAGCACAUAUGAUACAGCCUUCAGUUACAAAAACGAUGAUUUUAAUCGUAAAAAAUCCUCAAACAAUUUGAUUGAUUUCAUGGAAAGCAACUAAUAGGCAUUUUCUACUCACAAUUAAUUAGGAAUAGGAAGCUUAGGAGGAGUUCCUACAACACCAAAAGGAAGUUCAUAGUCAAAUUAUAGAGUUGAUACUUUAUUCAAGGAUACAUCCAUGUAAUAUAAACAAUCACAAUAAAAUAUUCCAAGACAUACUGGAAACAAGUGA